CAUGGAGGUGGGGGGGGUGACAGCGGGGCCGGGAGGGGGCACCUGGGGGAGCCGGCAGCAGGGGGGAGCGGGGCCGGGGGCUGCAGCCCGGCCCGACCCGCCCCGUGUCUGCCCGCAGGGUCCCGGCCCCGGCCCCGGCCCGGCCGCGGAGAGCCCGGCGGAGCGGAGCCCCCCGGGGCCGGAAGGCACCUCACGCUGCCCGCCCCCAGGGGAGCCCCACCGCGGCGCCUACACCACCUUCAUGAAGUCCCACCGCUGCUACGACCUGAUCCCCACCAGCUCCAAACUGGUCGUGUUCGACACUUCCCUGCAGGUGAAAAAGGCUUUCUUUGCGCUGGUCACCAAUGGCGUGCGGGCCGCCCCGCUGUGGGACAGCAAGAAGCAAAGCUUUGUGGGCAUGCUGACCAUCACCGACUUCAUCAACAUCCUGCACCGCUACUACAAGUCACCCAUGGUGCAGAUCUACGAGCUGGAGGAGCACAAAAUAGAGACGUGGAGAGAGCUCUACCUACAAGACUCUUUCAAGCCGCUGGUCUGCAUCUCCCCCAAUGCCAGCCUCUUUGAUGCCGUCUCCUCCCUGAUCCAGAACAAGAUCCACCGUUUGCCCGUCAUCGACCCCGACUCGGGGAACACACUCUACAUCCUCACCCACAAACGCAUCCUCAAGUUCCUCAAACUCUUUAUAGCAGAGGUCCCAAAGCCUGAGUUCAUGGCCAAGACACUGGAGGAGCUGCAGAUCGGCACCUACAGCAACAUCGCCAUGGUGCGGACCAGCACCCCCAUCUACGUGGCGCUGGGCAUCUUUGUGCAGCACCGCGUGUCCGCUCUGCCGGUCGUUGACGAUUCGGGGCGGGUGGUGGAUAUCUACUCCAAAUUCGAUGUUAUUAACCUGGCGGCUGAGAAGACCUACAACAACCUGGAUGUGACGGUGACGCGGGCGCUGCAGCACCGCUCCCACUACUUCGAGGGCGUCCUCAAGUGUUACAAGCAUGAGACGCUGGAAACCAUCAUCAACCGCCUGGUAGAGGCCGAGGUUCACCGGCUGGUGGUGGUGGAUGAGAGCGACGUGGUCAAGGGGAUCGUCUCUCUCUCGGAUAUCCUGCAAGCCCUGGUCCUCCCGCAGGGCCCCUGAGGCGGUGGGGCGGGGGGGAUUCAGCCCCUCCCAGUGCCCCCACCCUCCCGCCCCCACCACGCUGUGCCCCGCCGGGGCUGGCGGGGACGCCCCGGGUAGGGACCGGACUCACCAGCAGUGUCUAGCAAUAACCUCCAGCUGUGGGGCAGCCCCACGCGGCCCCAGCCCGUGGCUCCCCACAUGCCGCACCCUGCGCCCCGAAGCCGUGUUGGCCGGGCAGUGGGGUGCUGGGGGCUCACCCAGACCCCCCCGAGGCGCUACCCCAGCGCAGGGCCAUUCCCUGUGCAGGCCCUCGUCCCCCUCACCCCAUGGCCCCCACGCAGGGUUUCACUGAGUUUGUUUUUAGUCGCCCCUCAUUCAGCUCCGCCCGGCCCGGGGCUGCCCCCCGGGCCCCCCCCCGCCGGCCGCACUCCCCACCGGGCCGCGUCCGCACCCGCCACCGCUUCGUGUGCGGAGAGAAACCGCGAAUAAACACAGACCUGGCACGAA